AUGAUCUUUCUUUCACUCUUUCUUUCACUCUUUCUUUCACUCUUUCUUUCACUCUUUCUUAAAAUAUCGGUUGCUCUUUCUUUUGUUAUUCUGUCUUUUUUCUCUGGCGACUUCUCUCUCAUCACAUAUGUUCUUUCUUUCUUUCUUCCGUUCCUUCGUACCUUCUUUCCUUUUUCUUUCUUUCUUUUAGUAUACGUAUAUCCAUGUUUUCUUUUAUCCUUGAGAAGAGAUUUUCUUUCUUUCUUUCUUUCUUUCUUUCUUUCUUUCUUUCUUUCUUUCUUUCUUUCUUUCUUUCUAAUAUUUUUCUUUUUUCCUCUUCUUAUUUUCGGAAUACAACCAUAUUUUUUUUCCUUUUAUUAUUCCUUUAACAUGACCAAGCUCUUUCUUUCUUUCUUUCUUUCUUUCUUUCUUUCUUUAUUUUAUUUAUUUAUUUAUUUUUUCUUUAUUUUGUUCUUGUGGUUUAAUUUUUAUUGCUUAUGUUUGCCGUGUUACUUUCCCAUCUCGUUCGUUCUUUCUUUCUUUCUUUCUUUCUUUCUUUCUUUCUUUCUUAAUCAUCAAAUUUUUUCUCUCUUUUUUUUCUUCCUUAUGUCUUGCUUUCUUCCAUCGUUUUCUCUCUGUUUUCCUCUCUGUCGCCACACAUGUUCUUUCUUUCUUUCUUUCUUUCUUUCUUUCUUUCUUUCUUUUCGUCAUUUUUCUCUGUUUACCUCUCUGUCACCACGUGUGUCUUUCUUUCUUUCUUUCUUUCUUUCUUUCUUUCUUUCUUUCUUUCUUUCUUAA